CAUCUAUUUGGCGACGACAAGCAAUUUCACCACGCUGAUCGUUUAAACAUUUAGUUUGAGCAUCGUUAGUUUCAUUUUCCCCCAUCGUUACGGGAUCGCAACACCAAUCCCCGUAAACCAAAAUGCCAAUCAACAAGGUCGAGCCCCAAAAGGGCGGGUUCAAUUUUGAAAACUACCACCGUAACCUAAUGAUGGAAGACAAGGGAUACAAGGCGCCAAAGUUUACAAAAACGGGAACAACAAUUUGUGGGUGCUUGUUCAAGGACGGUCUCGUUCUUGGGGCCGACACUCGUGCCACCGAAGGUCCUAUCGUCGCUGAUAAAAAUUGCGAAAAGAUCCACUACCUUGCUCCCAACAUGUACUGCUGCGGUGCUGGUACCGCUGCCGACUGUGACGCCACAACCGCUCUCAUAUCGUCUAAACUCGAACUCCACCGCCUUCAUACCGGCCGCGAGUCCCGUGUCGUGACCGCCAUGACCAUGUUGAAACAAAUGCUGUUUAGGUACCAGGGGCACAUUGGAUGUGCGUUGGUCUUGGGCGGCUUUGACGUGACGGGACCCCAACUGUAUACCAUCUAUCCACAUGGAAGUACGGAUAAGCUACCGUUUGUGACGAUGGGAAGUGGAUCUUUAGCAGCUAUGGCCGUGUUUGAAUCGAGGUGGAGGAAGGAUAUGGAGCGUGAAGAGGCCAUGGAACUCGUCAAGGAUGCCAUCUCAGCUGGUAUUUUCAAUGAUCUGGGUUCCGGUAGUAAUGUCGAUGUUUGCGUCAUCACAAAGGGUGCGGUGGACUACCGUCGGGGAUACUCCAAACCCAACGAACGUGGUGUCAAGGAGCAGAGUUACAAAUUCCCUCGGGGGACAACAGCAACUCUCUCGAGCGACAUUAGGCAGUUUGUUGAUGUAGUAGAAGGGGAUGCGAUGGAGAUCAGUUAGAUGGUGAAUGUUGGAUUUGUAAUAAGAUUUUACUGUUGAGAAUUGCGA